GAAAACAAGUAUCAAUGUAGUUUAAUCAAUGUUUAUAUGAAAUUUGGGUUUAACCAAUUGUUAAUCAGAAGACAGCACCUUUCACUUGAUUAAGGAUUUAUAUUGGUUCACCUGUUUAUCCAUUUCCAUCAAUAUCGUUCAUUUUCUUCAUCAUCAUCGUUUUACUUUUUCCUUUUCCUUUUUUCUUCAUAAUAUCAUUAUCAUUGUAAAGUGAAAAUAAAUUUCAUAUCAUCUUGUACAUUCCUUUGAACUAUUUCCACUUCGAGUCGACUUCACCUUUUGUCAGAUCAAUUGUCACCAUUCAUCAACAUUGAGGAGUAUUGAAUAGAAACAGAAAAAGAGUCAUUUUUUCAUCCUUCCCCUGAACAUCUACAUUUCUCAAAACAUUUCUAUUCAAAUAUUGUGAAUUUUUCUUUUUCAUUGUCACCGAUAAUUGAAUUGCAAAAGUGUUGACAUUCAAUUAUAUUUAAAAUGGAAGCUGUAGUUGAAAAUGUCGCUCAAAAUGUCGUGGAAAAUGUUGUUCAAGACAAUUUGGCAGGUCAAUUCAAUCCAGAGCCAGUUCAAGUUGUAGACCAACAAAUUGGUGAGCAAGCCGCUCAACAAAUCAUUGAAACUGUUUCCGAGAUUCAGUCCAACAUUCAACCCGAGAUGGUUCCCCAAGUUGAGGAGGUUGUAAACCAAGCUGUAAACCAGGAGACGUUUGUAACCGAAGUGGCAUCCCAGGCUACAAGUGAAGCAGUCACCGAAGCUGUUACCUUUGUUGAAAGUGUAACAGAAAGAGUAGAUCCACCAAUAGUCGAGAAUGUAGUUGAGACCAUUGUCUCAGAAUCUGCACCAAUCAUUGAGACUGUAAGUGAAACCUUUGAAACACCUGAAGCUCCAGUUGUAAUGGUUGAAUCUCAAGUGCCUGAGACUGUUUCCGAGAUGGUAAGUGAGGUUGUUACCGAAGCUCAGACUGAAGUUACAACUUUAUUUACGGAAGAUGAAAGCUCCAUCAAGUCAUCUUUAAUAUCCAAAGUCUCAACAACUGAUUACAUCCAAUGGGCCCAAGAAACCCAUCUAAUUAUGACCAUUUCAAUAUCCAUGGUCUACCUGUUUAUAAUCUUAUUAAUCCGUCGAUUGCUCUCCAAGCGAUCACCUUUCCAUCUAAGAUCACUUAUGUUCUUAUGGAAUCUCAUUCGAGUUGUCCUCCAUAUAGCUCAAACAGUUACAUUGGUUCGACUAUUAGCUCCGGUUAUUAAACAGGAAUCAAGUCAUAUUUCAAAGCUCCUCUGUCAUACACCAGUUAAUGGACCAUUUGGAGACAAAUUGGAAACCAUCCUUUUCUGGGUUCAUAUAUUCACUUUUGUUAAAUUGAUUGAAUUUGUUGACACUCUUUUUGUGGUUCUUCGCAAGCAACAAUUAACCUUAUCCCACAUCUAUUACCGUAUCACAACAUUAAUUUACGCUUUCUACAUUUGUGGUAGCAAAUUUGUUCCCAGUUAUUAUCCGCUUAUGGUUCUGAUUCAUGUAACCUAUCUGAGUAUCAUGUCAUUCUAUUAUUUGGUUCGAUCUCGAUCCAUUCUUGCUCCAAAAUGGAUAAUUUACACUCUUAAUCUAAUCUCUUUAAUCAAAGCCGCUGGAUUAUCUGGAAUCUUGAGUUUCUCCUUAUAUCAACAUCUUUACAAAGAGCCUUGUUCACCUUCAAUGUCAACAGAUGUCUUCGGCCUAUUCAUUGUUGGUACAAAUACAAUCCUAUUUAUCAACUAUUUACGGUCAACAAUUACAAAACCAAAAACAAUUAAAUUACUUUGAAACUGAAACAAGGUGAUUUUCGUUGACCAAAGCAAAAGAUUGUUACCAAAAUAGAAAGGGUUUUAAAGAUUGGGUUCACAAGAAUGAAUAAAAUAGAAAUGAAUAAAUUUGAAUAAAAAAAUUAUUGGAAAAUA